CUCUUUUGUAACUUUGUUACACCCACACUCUUUAUAUCAAAUUAUUGCAUACUCCGUCACGGAAUCUCUAUUCCACCACCUAUUCCAACACAUUCGUUUAUCGUAUCUUUAGAUUCAAAGCCACCAGACAAAACGACCAUGCAGAUCACCCAGAGCCUUCUUUUGGCUCUUUUUGCAACAUCCGCCCUAGGUCUUUCGGAUGGCGAUGCUUUAUCGAGCCGUGCCCAGGGCAGUACUAGGACUCCAGCGAAGGCGAAUCCUCCGGCGAGGCCAGUGAAAGCUCCCACGCCGAAGACUCCUCCUUCCAGGCAAGGCACAGCACCAAACACCCGUCGACCAGCACCAGGUGCUCCAGCUCCAGCUCCUGGUGCUCCAGCUCCUGGUGCUCCUGUUGCUCCAGUUCCAGGCACUCCUGUUGCUCCAGCUCCUUUUAAUCCCCUUGAUCUCCUUGCGCCUCUUGCUCCAGCUCCAGCUCCUGCUCCAGGUACUCCUGGUGCUCCAGCUUUAGGUACUCCUGGUACUCCUGUUGCUCCAGCUCCUGGUACUCCUGGUGGUCCUGGUACUCCCGCCCCAGGUGUUCCAGGUGUUCCAGGUGUUCCAGGUGUUCCAGGUGUUCCAGGUGCUCCCGUUGCUCCUGCUCCCGUUGCUCCUGCACCUGUUGCUCCGGCCCCAGCUCCAGCUGCACCCGCUGACCCAUUUGCUCCUGUUCCUAUUCCUCCUGCUCACCCGAACCCUCUCGCAGAUCCAAAUGCCAACAGGCCGCUUCUACAAAACGAUCAAGCUCUGCAGAACAACCCAGGUCUACCGAGCCCUCCUGCCCAGCAGAACCCUCCAGCCCAGCAGGGCAAUCCGGUCCAGCAGCAUAACCCAGCUCAGCAGAACAACCCAGCUCAGGGUCAGAACACGGUGCCCUCGAACGGAGCCACAGUCCCAUCAGCCUCACCAUCUUCCCUCCCAUCCGCCGCUCCAAUUGUUGAUCCGGCUGCUCAUUCAGUUGCGGAUCAAGUUGCGGAUCCAGUCUUGGAUUCAGCUACUCCUCCCGUAGCCCCUCCACCAGCAGCAGCUCCCCCAACAGCGGCCGCACCAACGGAUGGCACUUCAUCGCUACCCUCGACGCAGAGCCUCAAGCGUCGCGGCCUCAGCGCACGCCGCGUAAGCAUAUCCUACCCCAAGGUGACAUGCCCCGGCUCUACCGGAAUCGUCACGUACCAGAAUGCGAACGGCGAGUCCGCCGAAGUGAACUGCCUCAAGGCUGCGCAAUGCGUCAGGAAGCAGUUGCCCAUCGUCGCCCCCGGUUCCGUCACCAUCACCAUGCGAGUGACGACCAAGUUCGAUGGCGAGGCUUGCAGGAAAGCCUGCGUUUGCGGCGAUGGGAAAAUAGAGGCCCAGGCGCCCGAGGACGAGCCCUUGGAGGUCGCCGCCGAAACUGACGACGGCGAAGAGAGCGGUCUUGAGGAGUUCUACAAGCGCGGUACUGCCAGCGCGUGA